UCCAGGGGACUGGGGAAGGAAUUCACCUUUCAGCAGGACAAUAACCUCCAACACAAGGCCAAAUAUACACUGGAUUUGGUUACCAAGACGAAUGAAUCUGCAGAUACGUCUAUUAUAGAAGACGGAAAACAUAGAUCACGUGGUUUACAAGAAACAGAGCGGGUCGCUGGCUUUAUCUAUUUCCACAAUUCCCCGGCACGUGUAAAUAUCCUACUUCAAUUCGUUUGAGUGUGUUGUUGUAUUAUAGUUUUGCUAAAUUAUUUUAUAUUUUUAUUUAAUUGAGCUUUUAUUUGUGUAGUGUUUUAUUCACUUAAAUGCAUUGUGGGUAGUCCAUCAUGCGUAGGCUACAUGACUAAUACACUAAGUAAUAACGAAAGCUGAAGUUCACGGUUUCACCUAAACCAUAGCCCUUCUCAUACGGGCUAUAUAUAUAAAUGUGUCACCCUGUAGGUGUGAUCGCGUCGCCAGUCGUAUUAGUCAGAGAUCGGACCGCUACAUAAAGUAGCGCAACAGACGUGAUGACAGAAACUCGUCCCUCGCUCUACUGCUGCGGUCAAAACAAAACUGACUGCGGUUGGUCCGGCGGAUGAUGAAUGAGGAGAGGUUUGAUAAUCCCAUUUACAGCAAUGGUCCAAUGAGCCUCACCGAAGGAGACCGGGAAUCCUUACGGAAACCAUGCUACCGAACUCACCUCUCAGAAGGGUGGAAGUAUAUCAACUCCAGUUUGUACUACAUCUCUACUGAGACCACGUCCUGGGGUGAGAGCAGACUUUACUGCCAACGGAAGGGAUUGGACCUGGUGACCAUAAACAGCAAAGACGAAGAGGACUUUCUCCUUGAAGUGGUCCGUGCUAAGAAUUUGGAUGUAGCCUGGAUUGGUUUUUCUCCCAACAACACGAAGGAGAUAUCUACACGGGUGAAGAGAGGUGUGGGGUCAGAAGAAGGUGCUCAGGAAGAGGACUGUGCUAAGCUUACGGUAUACGAGACACCUGCAGUGAAAGAAGUAACCGGGAGACAAUGUGGGACAAAAAAAUACUGUAUUUGUGAAAAAUACCUGGAUGUCAAAUAAAAUGUAAACCGUUAACUGGUUCUUCUGAAAGGAUUUGACUUUUUAAAAUGGAGGGAACGACUGCUAGCUUCAA